CAGCGCGCGGACGGGAGAACCAAACGACAGCCAAUCGGAGCGUCGGGCUCGUGUCUCGUGGCCGGUGUCAGAGUGACUUUGGUCCUAAUCGCACUCGGGGAUCAGCUGCUGCUGUCGAGUCUCCUAGCGGAGGAACGUGAGUGUCGGACUGGAAGUCUUAUUAGAAACAACAGCGAAGAACUAUCUGCGCCUUUAGGAAGCAGCGGAAAUGUACAACAACAUGCUGAAGGAAUUGGACGAGGACCCAUUCUUCUCGGAACCAUUCCAUGCUCAUAGAGAGCACAUGAGGCAGGUGAUGCGCAGUUUCUCAGAACCAUUUGGUUUCCCCUUUGGCACAAGCAUCACAGACGGGAGAAACCGCCGCCGCGACAUGGUCGAACAUCCAGGCCCUUCUUUUGAUCGAAGAGACGAGUAUCGGGAUAUGAGCCAGUCAUUGCUGCCUUUUGGCAGUACUGGCAGCACGAACAUGAUGCGGAACCAUUUCAGCAUGUUUGACAACAUGAUGUCCAACAUGAGAAAAAGCAUGGAAGAAAUGCACAGAGACUUUGAGGACGCGUCACCAGAUGCAAAUGCCCUCUCAUGCAAGUCAUCAUCAGUAAUGUCAUACUCAAAAGUUGGAGAUGAGCCUCCAAAGGUGUUCCAGGCAACUUCAUCGACUCGCUGUGCCCCAGGAGGAAUAAAGGAGACACGGAAAGCUUUUAAAGACUCCGAAAGCGGUCUGGAGAAGUUGAAAAUUGGACACCAAAUCCAGGACAGACGGCAUGUUGUCGAGAAGAGACAUAACAGAAAAACUGGAGAGGAAGAGAUUAAACAGGAUUUUGAGAAUAUGGAUGAAGCUGAUGCAGACUCUUUUGAUAAUGAAUGGCAGCAGAAGGUAUCCAGGCUGCUGUCACCAGUCUCCAUGCCUGGCCCAAUGCAACGUCAGCUUGGUAGUCCUGAGCAUCCCCGUAGAGGUCAUCGAAAGAGAAAGGCUGGACGCAAAGGCUCAGGCAACUCCAGCGAGUUGGAAUAUUGAUGCCUCUGUCUUUACGUGCAAUUAAAGCCAUUUACGCAUCUCACAGUUCAAAGUGGUGCCUUCCUCCAACUCCAGAAACACACACCACAUGAAACAGAGAAAGAAUCUAUUACAGUUGGACACAAAAUAUUAUGUCACACAUAUGUGUUCUUUGAUGCACAGCCCGUAGCGUAUGUUACAGAUGUGUCCUUGUUCCAUCACAUCUGGUUUAAACUGAUGAAUAAUUAUCAGCCUCUAAAAGGCUUGAUGUCAGACUUUAGAGCUUCUUUUCAGGUACAACUGAAACAAUAAUAUAACUGCAGGAACAUUAACAAAUCAAAUCAGAGUACCAUGCUUUGAGUUCCUGUUUAGUUCCAAGCCACAAAGCAAAAUAAAUCAGCAGACAAUCUGAUGGAAGUAAAAGGCUGCAUUUAUACUGGAGUUGUGGUAUUUUGAAGUUUUAUUUUUAUAAAGAAAUUUAAAAACUGCAGCCUUUCAUUUACAGUGCUUUGCACACGUAUUCUUACACAUUGAACCCUUCCAGGUCUUGUCUCAUUACAAUCACAAACUUCUAUCACAUUAAAUUCAAUGAAAUCCCAAAUCUUGGAAUUUAAGAAAAGCCAACACAAAGCAUUGCAUAAUUGCGUCAUGAUUACGCUCACGACCCGAAAGGAAAUCCAGCACAACCAAUCGUCUUCAGGGUUCACCUAAUCAGUAAAAAAGACCCCACCUGUGUGUGAUGUAAUCUCAGUUUGAAUGGAGAUGUUCUGUGAAGGCCAAUGAGGUUCGUUAGAGAACAUUAGCGAACAAGCUGCACCAUGAAGACAAAAGAAACAGCAGGUCAGGGAUAAAGCUGAGAAGUUUGAAGCAGGAUUAGGCUCUAAAGCAGCAUCUCAAGCUUUGAACAUCUCGCAUGUACACAUCAUUCCCACCACGAAACACGGUGGUGACCACAUUAUGCUGUGUCACCAGCAUUUUUGUCAGGAAAUCUGAAAAAUAGAAUUUUACACAUCAUGUAAACAUUAUCUCUUUAGCUUAUAAAAAAGGUAACAAUGUUCAUACUGUGUUUGUUGUAAAAUGAAGCAAUGCACACAGAACAUAUCCGGUUUUGUUUCUAUUUAGCGUCUGUUUUAAAUACUGAAAUCUUUGUACAAACUGACCUGCCCUUAAUCUUUUUAUAUUUGUUUUUACUUGUUGAACUUUGUGCUUGAUUGCCAAGUGUAGACGAACCCAGGGACUACUCUCACUAAAUAAUAUAUUCUUGUACGUUUUGUGUUAAAAGUGAGGUCUGCCAGUUCAGGAUGUCUGAAAAUAAAGUGUGAAUGAACCUGA